UCUUUCUCAACGCUCGAUCGCCACUGGUUCUAGUCGCCAGCUUAGUUUCUUGUGAUACCCUUUAUUUUCCCCGACGUGGUUUUCCUAUUAAUCUUAACGACACAGAAAGUUGCUCACCAAAUUAUCCUAUCAGCAAUGAAUUAUUUUCACGCCAAAAAUUGAAAACGUGCAGAGUAUUAUCAUCAAAGACGUCCUGAUUGUACAGCAGCUCUGGUGGAGUUGAGCAGCCUGGAGUGAGUGACCAGCCAUGGGUCGUCUGGACGAUGCUGCCAAGCGCAAGGUGGUGGAGCUGAGGCAGGCGGGCCUGAGCUUCCGCAAGAUCAAGGCGGUGCUGGAGCUGGAGAACAUCCGGGUGUCUGCCCAGGCCAUCUACCUGUACCUCAAGGAGUUCCAGGGGAAGAAGGUCCAGAGGGGAAACAACAGUGCUGUAGUCCCAGUUCCACAGACUACACCUGGGGUUGGUCCUGGGAGGGAUGCUGGUGGUGGAAGACAGGAGGGUUGGAACAACCAGCAGAUACGUAAUCUACUCCGGGAGGCGUCACGCCACGCCGGCUAUGUGGCAGCGUCUGAGUUUGCAAAGCAGGUUCCUGGCUCCACUCCUCCUGAUGGCCGGGGUCAGGGGCCACCUGGGUCAGGGGGAGAAGGCACCAGCAGAGGACAGAGCAACAGGAUAGAUCAGCUGGAGGAAAAGGACAAGAAGGAGGUGGAUGAUGAGGAAAAAGACAUCCAGAUUGUCAGUGUCACGUCAUUGGCUCAGAACUCUCAGCAGAGGGGUCUCCCAGGGGCUGUGACUGUGACAGGGGCGUACAUGCGGAGGAAAGCCAUGCCCUCGCCGGCAAACCCUGUUCUGGCUGCACGGAAGAGGCUUCUGGAUAAGGCUCUGUCUCACAGAGCAAAGAUAAGAGACUCUUCUUAUCAGUCCUACCAGCAAGUAGCAUCUCUGUUGAGACGAGAACAGUCUCCAGGUUCUGAAGCCCAGAGACCUGUGACUGCAGAUCAACAGUCCCAUGAUCUAGUCACUCAGAGGCUAACUCAAGCGAGGAGUUUGGAUGGCCAGCCAGGAGCCGCAGAUCCCGGGCGGAUGUUCCAGCAGAGAGCUGCCGGCUUGUCCGUACGCUCACCCCACCCACCUCCGCCCCGGGUGGGCAUCCGGCUCCCAAACCCCCCGCCGCCACCUCCCGCCUCCCAGGGAGGCAGCCCCAUCAUCCGCCUCCAGUCGCCUGUGAGCCAGGGCCCCCCCAGCCAGGGCCCCCCCAGGAGAGACAGGAACCCCAGCCCUCAGCAGGCUGCCCACCAGGAGACCGGAGGGAGAGGCUCGGGCGGUGGGGGUCUCCAGGAUCAGGUCCAGACCUUGGGCUCGGAGGUCCACAGCCUGGGCCUGGCCGUGCGCAUGCUGGUGGAGCAGCAAUACCGGCUGGAGCGAGAGCAGGUCCAGCAGACCCAGGUCCAGAAGGAGAUCCUCAGCACCCUGCAGACGCUGGCUUCCAGGCUCCAGGCGCCCUGCACCAGCCUACAACAGCAGCAGCGGCAGCAGCCCAAAACCCCCCCGCCCUCCGCCUUAGCCGCCUCCGCCUCAGGCUCCGCAUCCACCUCAUACAGCCAGGGCGCAUUUCCCUUUGGCCAAGGAGGUUAUGCCCAGUGCAGCCAGCCCCAGCCCAGCUACAACGGGAUAGACGGCUCUAGUCUGGAGUCCAUCGAGGCCUUCAAACUGUCAGGACUUAGUCCACACGGAGUCAAUGGCUUCCAGGUGUGCAACAGUAGCACUUCCAAUAACCUGCCGCUCAGUCACACCCCAACACACUCACUGGCACACACGCAGCCUUACGCGUCAUCCUACGCGCAGCAGACGCAGGCUCAAACACACAUGGCGUCAUGCACACAGUCGUACGUCCCCUCGUACACGCAGACGCACACACAGUCAUACAGAGGGGCAGACAGUAAAGACUAUCCCAACACCAGCACAGAGGGGGCUCUGCAGAACUGUGUGGCCUCUGUUCAGGCAUCUGUUGACCUGGACUCGGACAUCACAAUCACCCCACAGGAACCACAGCUCAACAUUAUCAAAGUGGAGGCACUCUAAAGCUUGAUUUUACCUACAUCCCAAACUCAUUGGGAUUGGGUCCAUUCCCUGGACACCAAUUAGCCUGGUCAGAGACUAGAAAUACAUGUUCAGUAUAUAAUGGAUAUUCUGGAAAGUGUAGGACCAGUAAGUGGUUCCAGUACGAUUCAGUUUCAUGGUUCAGCUGCAAAGUGGCGUCUGCCCUGAGUUUGUUCACAUUUGAUAAACUAUUACCUCUGUUUUUAUUUUCAAAUGUACUCUUAAUCUUUUUUUGAGUACAUUUAGAGUGUAAUUUCUUGUUCCAUUUUGUUCCCAAAAUGUUGGCCCAUUCUUUUGGGAAAUUAUUUGAUGUUGAAUUAGUAGUUACGACCUUGUCCUGUUUCGAAGAUUGGGGGAUGUAUCCUCUGACAUCUGGUUUACUUGUUGUUUAUACUGUCCACUAACAACCAGGACGUAACUAGAAACAGUACAUCAGUAGAUUACCUAGCAGGCACCUGACCAAAACUGCCUGUCAGGAUGGAAAAUAGUGCCACUUCAUUCUCCAUUUUGAAAGGGCGAUUUGUCCUUAAAACGAUCUACUAUUUUUACGUUGAACACUUUGCGAUCUAUCUUUGUGUGGUUGUUUUAAUAUGCCUGUUUGUCUGAAACUGAUGUGAUGAUGCUGCUGUCUUGGUCCAGGUCUUUCUUGAUAACUAGAUUUGUAUCCCAAUGAGACAAACCUGGUAAUGUUAAAUUCAAAGUUAUCAAGUCACAUAUCACAAAGAGCAACAGACAAUAGAUGGAUGUUUGAUUGAAUAAUGUUGCCAUCAAGGUUGCCAUCAUUAGAAAGCAUAUUCCUCGCUGCAAAGCUCUAUAAAUGACAACCUGUUCCCUAUAUAGUGCACUAUUGAUGACCAGCUCUCUGUAAGGCUCUAAUUUAACUGUGUUGCCCAAGUACAGUGUUUAUCUGCAAUAUAAAUACAAAGGCAAUGUUUCCCCAAUGGGCAGAGACUGUAUUAACGUUAAACACAGAAUGUGUGUUCAAUUGGGAAUUAUCUUUAAAUGUACAUUCGCCAGUCACUUCAUUAGGGACACUUGCUUGUUAACACAAAUAAUCAAACAGUGAUUCAUGUGGCUGCAAUUAGAUAUGUAAAGCAUGCAGACAUGGUGAAGACGUUUAGUUGUUGUUCGUCCAAACAUUAAAAUGUUUAAGACAUGCGAUCUAAGCAACUUUGAUCGUAUUACCUUGUGAGCAGCAGUUGUGUGGGCAAAAAGUCCUUUUUACUGAGAGAGUUGAGAGGAGAAUGGAUUCAUUCAAGCUGCCAGAAUGUCCACAAAUACUCAAACAACCACUCUUUGCAAUAUCGAAGUGCAGAACGCCAUCUCUGAAAGCAAAAUGUGUCAUACCUUGAAGUGAAUGGAGACAAAAGGGGGAACUACCCAAUUCUACCUAAUUAAGUGGCCAGUGAGUGUAUAUUGCAAAUUAAUGUUGAACUUUGGCAAUACAGCUUGAAUAAAGAUCUAAAAAUUAACUUUUACCAAUGCAAUGGGAUGUACAGUGAGGUCCAAAAGUAUUUGGACAGUGACAUUUUAUUUUAUCCCCGUAUCCACCUUUCAUUUUUGUCUUGGGUGAACAGCUUUUUUGUACGUUUUCUCCCAUCUCAGGCAUUGCUCUUGGUUCCCUAUGAUGGGGGGGACUUGUUUACCAGAAUCUUCAGGAAUUUACAUGUUUAUCUUAACUUUGCUAAUGUUUAAUUUAAGUUAUAAUUUACAGUAAUUAUUAAUAUAUCAAUAUAUUAUGUAAAAUCUUGAAAUAGUACAUAUUGUCCAGAGGCUUUUAGUAGAUAGACAAUAGCCUAAUAAAUAAAAAAAGAAUCUAGCCAACACUGCCAUUAUUUUCACUAAUCUCUGCAAUACUUAUAACUACUGACUUUUGACAACUGCCACAAGUUUCAUGCCAAAACAUCAUCAAAAUAAAAAACAUACAUAGUAAAAUAAGCGAUUUUUUUUUUACAGAAAAUAUAUUACAUGUUUAAACUUACAAUAACUUGUUACUGCAGUGGACUACAGUAAAUAAGUGUUUUUCUGUACACUGAGGUGACUAUUCAGAAAUUCACAGUGGGUUAAUAAUCAAUUCUAGUGAUUGCCUGACAUCUUGUAGAGAUCUUACACCAAUCUGUCUUAAAAGACAGGAAACAUUUAUGAAAAAUGUAUAAUAAAACCUGCCGGCCGGACCAGUAGGGGGCAUUGUUUUUAUUGGUUGAUGUUAGAAAUCGGCUGUUUUUUGUCUACAUUUUGAGAUGUUGGCCAAUCACUAGAGGGAGCUAUGACCCACUGAGCUUUUCUGAGUUGUCAAUACAGGAUACUAAACACAAUGUGUGUUUGAGUUAGCCCAGUGCAGUAACAGGUUGUAAUUAAAGCUGAAAGUCUACAUUUUAACCAUUGUAUAAUUUUAAAUCCAUAGUUCCAUGGUUUAGGGCCAAAGCAAGACAAAAUGUGUCACUGUCCAAAUACCUCUGGACCCCAUUGUAUCUGCUGUUACCUUCUGUUGCUAAGCUCAGCCUUAACAUUUAGAAUGUCCUGUUUGUGUACAGAACUAAAGCUACUUGAAUAAAGUGGUGCAUUAUAUC